ACACUGCGCAGGCGCAGGGGACCUGGCCCUCUCCCUGGCUGCUUGGUUUUGCUUCCCUCUCAAGGCGGCCGCUGCGGCUCUUGCUUGCUUGCUUCCUUCCUUCCUCGGCGCCCCUUCGCUCCUUUCUUCGGCCUCGUAUGAAGAAUGGGAGGCCCAGCCAGGACCCAGCCCCGCCGAUCCCUCCUCCUCCUCCUCCUCCCGCCGGAAUGGAAAGGGUUCAGGCGGCGGAAGGAGCUGCUUGGCCCGCCCGCUUCGUGUUUUGCUUGUACGCCGUGGGCUUCCUGGAUUUCUUUGGAGUCAGUAUGGUUGUCCCCUUAUUAAGUCUUCAUGUCAAGUCUUUAGGAGUGAGCCCAACAGUUGCAGGAGUGGUAGGGUCUUUAUAUGGAAUACUGCAGCUCUUUUCCAGCACUUUAGUGGGAUCUUGGAGUGAUGUAGUAGGAAGACCAUAUUGCCUACUUGUCUGCAUUCUCUUCAGUGCAUUAGGUUAUUUUGUGCUUAGUAUGUCCACUAAUAUUUUCCUGUUUGCUGUUGCUCGCAUUUUUGUGGGUAUCUUCAAACAUACGCACUCCAUUUCAAAAGUUCUCAUCUCUGACUUGGUUUUUGAGAAGCAGCGCCUCUUAGUAAUAGGACAUUUCAAUGCAGCCGCCAAUUUUGGCUUCAUUUUGGGACCUCCUGUUGGAGGCUACCUUACAGAGCUAGAGGGUGGUUUUCACUUGACAGCGUUUGUCUGUGCCUCCAUCUUCAUCUUGAAUGCUGGAGUUUUCUGGAUCGUGCUGCAACAUGAAAGAAAGACCCAUGGAAAUGAAUGGGUCACUAUCAAUAAGAAAAAAGACAUGCUCUCAACAGAGAUUAAAAACAGUCUACAUCUCCAGUCGUUAUCUCAUGAUGCUGCGAAGUACAGCCCUCCAACUGAAUCCUCUUGGACUCAAGUUAUAUCUGUGCUCAAGAGGCUUGACAGCAUUGCAAGGUCUGAUCUGUGGGACCUUUUUCUGGUACGGCUGCUGAUGUCUGUUGCAGUGAUGCUGUACCACAGCAAUUUUGUCUUGGCACUUGAAGAGAGGUUUGAGUUGAAACCUAAACUGACUGGCUACUUUAUAAGCUACAGCAGUACACUUGGAGUCGCUGCUGGCUUUCUGCUUGGACCAAUCACAAGACUGUAUCAGCACAAUACCUAUGCCAUCCUGCUGCGGUCCACUGUUCUCACUUGUGUGCUCCUGAUGCUAUAUUCGUUGUUAGAAAGUGUAUGGGCUGUUGUCAUAUCUUCCACAUUUUUAGCUUUUUCAACCACUGUAGGCCGCACUUGCAUUACUGACCUUGAACUGACCCUGGGGGGUAAUGAGGCCAGUGGUCUGCUUAUAGGCAUUGGUCAGUCUGUGUCAGCCGUGGGACGAAUAGUUUCCCCUCUCAUCUCAGGAAUUGCCCAGGAAUUCAGUCCAUGUGGGCCUCCUCUUCUUGGAGGUCUGCUGGGAUUUGUAGCUGUACUCAUCAUGAUCAUGAAUAAAUCGCGAUAUUCUGGCACCAGGAGCACAAAACUGAAAAGCACGUAGUGAACUACAUUGCAUUUCAUGCAAACAAAAUAAAAACAACAGUGAAAUCAAGAUGUUUUAUCAAAGAAUGUAGGGGUUCAAAAAGACUGUGCUGCAAUUUCAGAAACAUUGCAGAAACAAGGAAGAAGCUGAAUGCAUCUCUUGCAUUUUUCCCCUGACCUGCCAACUCAACAAGGGUGAUCUGAAAUGACCAGAAAGAUACAUUAAAUCACUAAGGAUUUCCCAGCUGUAAUUCAAAGGGAAAGUUGUCACAUCUAAGGUCUGGAAAAUCCUUUUAAAAAUACUGUAAGACACAGCAUUUUCCGAUUCCAAAAUUAUACUUGCUACUUUAAAUGGUACAAUGUGGUUAAAGGGUGCCAUUAUCAUUGUCUGUGGUAAUCAGUUUGAUCUUAAAAUGUAGGGCAUUCUUCCAUGAAGAAGGAGCCCAUUGUGUUGCUGUCCUACAGCAAUUCCAAGAGUGGGCCAAGUGUUGGUACUUUUAUGCCACUUAUCACUCUUGGCUUAGAAUAAGGGUAAAUGUAUUGAAAGAUAGAUGGCGUCAUCUGGUUAUGUGCUUUAGACGCUACUAAUUCUCAGGAUCCAGCUGAACUGGAAUCUGCAAAGCCAAGAAAGAUAAAUCAUAGGAGAAUGCUAGUUUCAGAGCACCAUCUCACCUUUCCAUGUUACUCCUCUAUGGAAUCUUGGGCAAGAUGUACUUUUUUUACUCUGUCUCUGUAUUCUCAAGUCUCCCUUAUGUUUGUAACACUGGAGGACUAGGUUGCUGUGAGGUUUUUUGGGGGGAUUUAUGGCCAUGUUCCAGUACAUGCCCAAAAAACCAAGCAACCUAGUGAUUCCAGCCAUUCCAGCCUUCGACAACACCGGAGGACUGCCUUCAGCACCAGGGGAAGACUGUGGGCUUGUAGCAUGCCACAAAAUAUGCAUCUUUUGAUGGAUCAGGAAUUCUACAGGCCUGCUUUAAGUAAAUAACUAAAUAGAAAAGACCAAUCUGCAAAGAGAAUGUGUUACAGUCGCCAAAUAAAGUCCUAACAAGGCAAAAAUGGGUGAUUUAAGGAAUCUGUAACCUCUCUGUACUUAAGGACCAAUUCUAAGCACAUUUCUUCAGAACAGGUUUCCUUGGAACAAAUCUUGAGGCUUAGUUACAUAUUACACCAGUGAGUAACUGAAUUCUAAGAAGAGUAGGGUAGGGGAUGUUAAUAUUUUCUUUACUCACUGCUCCAAACUAAUAUCACUUCUCCUCUUCCUCAACACCUCGUGCUAUUUUAGUUGUACUUGAGGUUGAGAACCCCACCAGAAAGCAGGAAGGGAAAGUUGUAACUUGGUUUGAAAUGUGGCACAUGUAUGCACUUUUAACUAUUUGGUCAGUUUUACUCUUCCAAAUAGUCAAGUUCAGGGUAUAGAGCAGGUGUAUUCUGACUUCCAUUUGCUCAGAAAUAUGUUGUGCAUGGGAAAGGGAUGCAUACAGUGGCAAGCUUUGAAACCAAACCAGCAUUUACCUGUUAACAAGUCCAAUCUAUAUCCUCUGGGGACUGCAUUUAUUUUGAAACUUGACAUAACAUUUAAUUAGGUCAUUUAAAUUAUGUAGAUAAAUAAAGAUCGUGAAAGUAUUGUGGUAUUCCUGGGAAAAGGCAGGCUAUAAAAAUAUGGCCUCAGAAAUGUCUUGUUUAAGACAAUUUUGCAGUACUGUACUUGUUUAAAGCAAGCAGAAUGCUUAUGUACAAUGUUACUGUUCUCAAGAUUGCACUAUAAAGUUGAUAAAGGGAAAUAAAAGGAAAAUUAUUACUUUUC